ACAAACAAGCAAGUCUUCCCACUGCCCUGAACCACCUUCGAAGCUCUCGUCCGCCGUCGUCAAUGUCCAUGGCCGGAUCCUCGAUCUCCAUCGUUCUCUCAACCCCUCAUCGCCGCCCUCUCUCCUUCUCUCUCUCUCCUCUCCGCUUUCUCCUCCGAUCUCCACUCCUCUCGAUCACUGCGGUUUCUCGGCAAACCUAGCUCCCGGUUAUCUUCUUUCAGGAUGAGCGUUGAAGCCCCGGAGAAGUCCCGGAAAAUUUCCUUUUUGGAUCGCAAGGAGUCUGGUGUCCUCCAUUUCGUCAAGUACCAUGGCCUCGGCAACGAUUUCAUCUUGGUCGAUAAUAGGAAUUCUUUGGAGCCGAGUGUUACGCCUGAGCAGGCAGUGAAGCUUUGCGAUCGUAAUUUCGGCAUUGGCGCUGAUGGUGUGAUCUUUGCAAUGCCGGGUGUCAAUGGCACUGAUUACUCGAUGAGGAUUUUCAAUUCGGAUGGCAGCGAGCCAGAGAUGUGUGGCAAUGGAGUCCGGUGUUUUGCUCGUUAUGUUGCUGACCUUGAAAACCUUACUGGUACACGAAGUUUUACUAUUCACACUGGUGCUGGUCUUAUUGUUCCUGAAAUACAAGAAGAUGGGAAGGUAAAAGUCAAUAUGGGUAGGCCUGUGCUCACUGCAGCAGAUAUUCCUACUAAACUUCCAGAAACUAAAAAUGGUGCUGUUGUUCAAGCAAAUUUGGCAGUUGAUGGAAUCUCAUGGAAAGUGACAUGUGUUAGCAUGGGAAAUCCUCACUGUGUUACUUUUGGAAACGAACGUUCUGAGGGCCUGCAGGUGGAUGACUUAAAGCUGGCAGAAAUUGGCCCAAAAUUUGAGCACCACCAAAUGUUCCCUUCUCGGACCAAUACAGAAUUUGUGGAAGUCAUCUCAAGAACUCACCUAAAAAUGCGUGUGUGGGAGCGUGGUGCAGGUGCAACUCUAGCAUGUGGGACAGGAGCUUGUGCAUUAGUAGUUGCUGCCGUGCUUGAAGGUCGCAUAGAGAGGUCAUGCACUGUUGAUUUGCCCGGGGGUCCAUUAGAAAUCGAAUGGAGAGAAGAUGACAAUCUUGUCUACAUGACAGGUCCAGCUGAGGUAGUGUUCUAUGGAUCCAUCCCUAUUUAGUUCCUCGAUUAGAGUUUGCAAUCUUGCUUUUCAAUUUAGUUCCAGUGGGUUUGGAAUUUUCAGAAGUUUCUGCUUGUUGUACACUUGUACUUGUAUUUUAUUGAUCAUAUCUGUUAGGUAAUUUUAUGCAUGAUUUGAGUUUUAAGUUUUAA